CAGCGUGUCGAUGCAUAUCGAGUCUGUUUCAGUGAACAAAUUCGUGUUCACUUCUCGGGGUUUCCUUUUCUGCACGGCGUUUGUGGCUGGUCUCACAAAGUCAAGGAAAGCGAUGGCUGUGGAUCACGGACUCGGGAGGCAGCUGGAGGGAGCCAGCUCCCUCUCUCCUGAGCUCCGUGGCCUUGGGCAGGGCGCUCCGCUUUUCUGAUCCUCAUUCUCUGCGUGGGGAAAGGGGUCCCUGCCUCGUGGAGGUGCCGUAAGGGAGAAGCUGGGUUACGGGUGUCAGGUGCUGGGGAUCAGAAUUUAUUUACUUCUAUUUAUCCAACGCUUUCCCAGCAGCUUCCGAGGGAACCGAUGGAAUGGAGAAGGUCCUAUGGCCGCGCUCCAAAGAUGAUCCACCUGGAAUCCAACUUCGUUCAAUUCAAAGAGGAGCUGCUACCCAAAGAUGGAAACAAAGCUCUGCUCACUUUCCCCUUUCUUCAUAUUUAUUGGACGGAAUGCUGUGAUACUGAAGUGUAUAAAGCUACGGUAAAAGACGACCUUACCAAGUGGCAGAAUGUUCUGAAAGCUCAUAGCUCUGUGGACUGGCUCAUAGUGGUAGUUGAAAAUGAUGCCAAGAAAAAAAACAAAACCAACAUCCUUCCCCGAACUUCUAUUGUGGACAAAAUAAGAAACGAUUUUUGUAAUAAACAGAGUGACAGGUGUGUCGUGCUCUCCGACCCCUUGAAGGACUCUUCUCGAACUCAGGAAUCCUGGAAUGCCUUCCUGACCAAACUCAGGACCUCACUUCUUAUGUCUUUUACCAAAAACUUGGGCAAGUUUGAGGACGACAUGAGGACGUUGAGGGAGAAGAGGACAGAGCCAGGCUGGAGCUUCUGUGACUAUUUCAUGGUCCAGGAGGAACUGGCCUUUGUAUUUGAGAUGCUGCAGCAAUUCGAAGAUGCCCUCGUACAGUAUGAUGAACUGGACGCCCUGUUUUCUCAGUACGUCGUCAACUUUGGUGCUGGGGAUGGUGCCAACUGGCUGACUUUUUUCUGCCAGCCGGUGAAGAGCUGGAACGGACUGAUCCUCCGAAAGCCCAUAGACAUGGAGAAGCGGGAGUUGAUACAGAGGCAGGAAGCCACCCUGUUGGACCUGCGCAGUUACCUGUUCUCUCGCCAGUGCACCUUGCUUCUCUUCCUGCAGAGGCCGUGGGAGGUGGCCCAGCGCGCCCUGGAGCUGCUGCACGGCUGCGUGCAGGAGCUGAAGCUCCUGGAAGUCUCUGUCCCGCCUGGCGCUCUGGACUGCUGGGUGUUCCUGAGCUGUCUGGAGGUGCUGCAGAGGAUAGAAGGUUGCUGUGACCGGGCACAGAUAGACUCGAACAUUGCCCACACCGUGGGCUUAUGGAGCUAUGCCACCGAGAAGCUAAAGUCCUUGGGCUAUCUGUGCGGACUUGUGUCGGAAAAAGGACCUAACUCAGAGGACCUCAACAGGAUAGUUGAUCUUCUGGCAGGUUUGGGAGCUGAGCGACCCGAAACAGCCAACACAGCUCAGAGUCCUUAUAAGAAGCUCAAAGAAGCAUUAUCGUCAGUAGAAGCUUUUGAAAAACACUACUUAGAUCUGUCCCACGCGGCCAUCGAAAUGCACACGAGCAUCGGAAGGCUCCGGUCUGCUAAGUUUGUUGGGAAGGACCUGGCAGAGUUUUACAUGAGGAAAAAGUCUCCACAGAAGGCGGAAGUCUACCUUCAGGGAGCACUGAAGAACUACCUGGCUGAGGGCUGGGCGCUGCCCAUCACUCACACGAGGAAGCAACUCGCCGAGUGUCAGAAACACCUUGGACAGACCGAAAACUACCUUCAGACCAGUAGCCUUUUGGCCAGCGAUCACCACCUGACUGAGGACGAACGGAAGCACUUCUGCCGGGAGAUACUCAGCUUUGCCAGCCGACAGACGGACAGCCCAGGUCAGAAAAUAGUACUCCCUCUGCACUGUUUUGCACAACUGAGAGACCUCCAUUUUACCCCUUCCAACGCCGUGGUCCACGUGGGGGGGGUUCUGUCCGUGGAGAUCACCUUGUGCAGCCAGAUGCCCAUGCCCGUCCACGUGGAGCAGGUCGCCAUCAACGUCCACUUCAGCAUCGACAAAAACAACUACCGCAAGACCGCCGAGUGGCUGACCAAGCACAAGACGUCCAAUGGGACCAUUAACUUUCCGACAGAGACCUCGCCUCUCCCCGCACCGCAGAACAACUUACCCGCGCUGGAGUUGUAUGAGAUGUUUGAGAGAAGUCCUUCGGACAAUUCCUUGAACACAACGGGGAUCAUAUGCAAGAAUGUUCACAUGCUCCUGAGAAGGCAGGAGAGCAGCACUUCCCUAGAAACGUCCUCCGGUGUGGCUCUGGAGGACGGGGCCCACGUGCUGAAAUGUAGCGGUGUGACUCUGGAACCGGGGGCCAAUAGGAUAACGUUCAGGACGCAGGCCAGGGAGCCCGGAACGUACACGCUGCGGCAGCUGUGCGCCUCGGUGGGCCCGGUGCGCUUCGUCCUCCCUCACCUGUACCCCCCGGUGCAGUACGACGUGUACUCGCAGGAGCCGCAACUGCGCGUCGAGCCGCUGGCCGAUAGCCUUCUGGCUGGUAUCCCUCAGAAGGUAAAGUUCACUGUCACCACUGGCCAUUAUACAGUAAAAAACGGGGACAGCCUGCAGCUCAGCAACGCGGAAGCCAUGCUCAUCCUGUGUCACGCAGAGAACAGAGCAGUGAUCUACUCCAACACGAGAGAAAAGGCUUCUGAUGCAUUGCUCCGGGUUCAGUCGUCUGACAAGGUCACAAGCAUCAGUCUGCCCGCUGCUCCUGCGUACCACAUGAUUGAAUUUGAACUGGAAGUUCUCUCUUUACCUUCAGCUCCAGUAACUGGAGGAGAGAGCAGCGUGCUGGGGAUGACAGAGUCCCACAGGAAGCAUAAGGACACACAGAAAGCUGGCCAGUGCAUGGCUACCACAGACCACAAAGUGUCCAUUGACUGCCCGUGGUCCAUCUACUCCACCGUCAUCGCCCUGACCUUCAGCGUGCCCUUCAGGACCACACACUCUCUUCUAUCCGCCGGGACACGGAAGUACAUUCAAGUUUGUGUCCAGAAUUUGUCGGAACUUGACUUUGAGCUGUCGGACGGUCACCUCGUGGAUCCUGACAGUAACGCCGACCUACAGCUGGUGCCACUGAACGCGAAGUCCCCGCAGCACAUCCACAGCAAGCAGUCAGUGUUCUUUGUGUGGGAGCUGAAGUGGACGCGAGAGCCUCCCCCUUCUCUGCGCUGCCGGUUCUCCGUUGGAUCCUCCCCGGCUUCGGGAGGACGGCUCUCCAUCCCCUUAAAGCCGUACACUUACGAAUUUCAAGUGGAAAAUUUUUUCACGUUAUAUAACGUGAGAGCUGAGAUCCUGCCCCCUUCGGGAACGGAGCACUGUAGGACGGGCUCGCUCUGCUCCUUGGAGGUGUCCAUCACGCGGCUCUCCGACCUCUUGGAGGUGGAUAAGGAUGAGGCACUGACAGAAUCCGACGAGUAUUUUUCCACCAAGCUUAUGUAUGAAGUGGUCGACAACAGUAGCAACUGGGCGGUGUGUGGGAAAAGUUCUGGCGUCAUCUCCAUGCCUGUGGCCGCCCGGGCCACUCACCGCGUCCACAUGGAGGUGAUGCCCCUCUUUGCGGGUUACCUGCCCCUUCCCGACGUCAGGCUCUUCAAAUACCUCCCCCACCACUCCGCACACUCCUCGCAGCUGGACGCUGAUAGCUGGAUAGAGAGCGACGGGCUGUCGGUGGACAAGCACGUGGACGAGCAGCCGGACGGCGGCGGCGGCGGCGGCAGGUGCAGGGGCAGCGCGCACCUGGCCUCCGGCGGCGAGCACAGGGGUUUGCCCAUGCCCCGGCUGCAGGCGCUGCCUCCCGGCCAGGUCUUCAACGCCAGCGUGGGCACGCAGGUGCUGGUCAUCCCCAGCAAAGACGACCACGUCCUCGAAGUCAGCGUCACAUGACCAUGCCUCGGGUCCUCGCGCGCCCCGGGCCGUUCGUGAGUGCGCUUGAAGGGGUCCCGCCUCCUCUGCCCCCCAUCGUCACAUCCUAGCGCUAACCGGACUCUCGGUGAUUCUGCCUGGCCGUGGAGGCGUCAGAGAAUGUCAGUGAGCAGCCGGUCGGCCGAGUGACAGCGUCAUUUCCGUGUUGUCCGUGGUGUAAGAUUCCCCGUUAUUUCUUUUUUCCUCCCUGUCCUUGUGCCGGCGCCUCCGGGGUUUGCCUGGACCCCACCCCCGCCAGCCCUCUCCCUGCCCCUGGAAGGUCUGUGCCCUGCUCUCUCACCCGGCAGCCUCCCGGUCUGCCGGCUCCUUAUGGAGCCCGUGGGCCUUCCAGGGGGACACACGGCCACCCUCGCCGUCUUAGUGGUGACACGUGUGUGCCUUUCUGGGCACACGGCUGCCCUCUUUCUGGACCGGUUGGAUUUGUAAGGCUCCUGAGGGAUAAAACACCAUCCUUUGCCCAGAUGAGUUGUGCUUCUCUAGAAUAACACCCUUUGAGAGCGGGUCAGCGAGGCUGAGUGCUGGAGGGGGGAGGGAACUGAGCCCCUUCUGUGCCUUGGGACGUCACACUGGGAGGGCCUGGAGCCUCCGUUAGCUGGAGCCAUUUUAAGGUACUUUGGGGAGACUAGACCAGGGCCUAAGGGACCACUGGUACUGAAAUAGUUUAGGAAUAAACGUUUCUGGAACCCCUUUUCCCCAUGAUAUUGAUUGAAUUAUCAUAUGCACUUGGAAUUAAAUAUGUAUUUAUUUUAAUUAUCAUUACAUUGGGGGUUGGUACAUUGUUUUCUUCUCACCUUAAAAGUCUUUCCAUGUCAUUGUCGCUGUGUAAUCGAUACUUUCUUCUGCACCUUAAGUCCUAGAGGUUAAGAGGCUCCAUUUCAGUGGAGAUUGGCGGGGCCCUGUCAGUGUGCUUCUAGUCUGGCUGUGGGAAUGACGGAAGUCUUGGAAUAUUCUCUGCCGGUCCACUAAAAUUGCAGUCAUAACCGUACCAAUGGAUUAAUUUGCUCUCGGUUGUAAAUUUAAUUGUACAUAUGGUUGAUUUAUUAUUUUUAAAAGUACAGACUAACUGAUGUAAUGUUUAUGUAGAAGUUGCACCAAAAAUCAAGGACAAAAUAAAUGUGUGUUUGUUUUUA